AUGAAAAAAGAUUGGCAAGUUGUUUAUGAUAUGGUAAAUGGUACGAACACAAGUGGUUUUGGUUAUGAUAGCUCCACUCAUUCUGUAACAGCUGAACCAGUGGUUUGGGAUUCUUACAUACUGGUUCAUAAAGAGGCAGAAAAAUGGAGAAAUAAGAUAUUUCCUCAUUACGAGGAUUUAUGUAUCAUUUUUGGAAAGGAUAGAGCUCAAGGGAAUAAAGCCAAGGAUUUUGCCCAAAUGGAAGAAGAUGCAAACAAUGAAGAACAAUCAGAACAAAUAGAAGAUGUUUUUGCAGAACAAACCACAGAAAAUAAAGAAUCUCCAAACACAGGCUCAAAGAAGAGGAAAAGAGUUGAUGCUGUUAUUAAGGGAAUAACUAUUGCAGCUAACGUCCUUGGAGAAAAACUUGAAAAAACAGCAAAUAGCAUGAACCAAUCAAUACUAGGAGAAACAGAAGUACAAACAAAAAGCUUCAAUGGUGAUUCUAGAAAUUUCAAAAAUGCAGUCAUUAAGUGCCUUUGA